GGGAGACACGGUGAGCCUGGCGUCUGCCAACAGAACUGCUCUGUUGGUUUUGAUUCUCAGAACUUGGAGCUUCUCGCACACGAAUUGAUGCCUAUACUCAAAAAAGAAUUGAAAGAAAUCAGAAUAAAGCAUGGAUAUCCUGGACCUCCAGGGAUACCUGGUCCACAAGGACCUCCUGGACCACUUGGACCCGCAGGGCCACGCGGACCACAGGGACUUCCGGGACAUUCUGGUGAGAAAGGCGACAGAGGAGAGAUUGGACCUCCUGGUUUACCCGGACAACCGGUGCUUGCUGUUAAUGUUGUUGCGGCUCGUGGUCAGACAUAUGAAAUCCCCUCGCAGACUGGUGCUAGUGUGCCAGGGCCACGUGGUCCACCAGGACUUCCUGGACCACCUGGUGAGAAGGGAGAGCCAGGAGGGCCUGGACUUCCUGGGCAACCCGGAUCACUAGGAUUACCGGGUCCACCUGGUCCUAUGGGAUUGCGCGGCCCACCUGGAACUGAAGGCCGAAUGGGUAAACAAGGAUUGGUUGGACCAAAAGGAGACAUGGGACCUAUGGGACCUGCAGGAACUCCAGGACAUCCUGGCACACCCGGAGAACGUGGGGCAGAUGGUACGCCAGGCGCGAGAGGUGAAAAAGGAGAUCAGGGAAUCCCUGGCCUCGAUGCCCCAUGCCCUACAGGACCGGACGGGUUGCCUUUACCAUAUUGCUCCUGGAAACCAAUGGAUGUAAGCCCUUCUAUAAAAUUCUUGACAUUUGUUAAUGCUCUUUGCUAUCCACAAAUAUUACCUUUCCAGUAA